GCUUAACUUGUACGUUUCGUGAACCUCGAGGUUUAAUUUAUUAGCAUUGGAAGGGUUUUUAGCUGGGUCGAUGAAUUUACGGAUCUAGAGAGAUCUUUUCCUGGAAAAAGAGAAAUUUGUGUCACACGACACGACGUUUUAAUAUACUACUACUUACUAAAACUUUAAAAGAGACCCAAAUAAAAACCAUCCAAAUCUCUUCUAAAAACCCCCCCCCACUCACUCAUCAAAAGAGAAAGACUCAUCCUAUUCUCAUGGCGAGAGUUGCGUUGUUAGUUGCGGCGGCGUUUCUGGCUUUUCUGAUGGCGGCGCCGGUCACUGAGGUAGCGGCGAAGAGGUGGACUGUUGGAGAUAACCAGUUCUGGAACCCCAAUAUCAACUAUACCGUUUGGGCUCAGGACAAACACUUUUACCUCGACGAUUGGCUCUAUUUUGUGUACGAGAGAAACCAAUUCAACGUUAUAGAGGUGAACGAGACCAACUAUCUAAGCUGCAAUUCCAAUAAUCCCAUCGCUAAUUGGACUCGUGGUGCUGGAAGGGAUUUAGUUCAUCUUAAUGAGACCAGGCAUUACUAUCUCAUUAGUGGUAAUGGUGGUGGGUGUUACGGCGGUAUGAAACUUGCUGUUUUAGUUGAGAAACCGCCUCCUCCUCCACCACCUGCUUCACCUAAUAAGAACAGUGCAUCAACGGUCUCUGCUUUUGCCCAUCAGUUUUUUGUUCCGGUCGCUGUUUUCGCAACAGUGUGGACGAUGUUGGAUGCGGUUCCAAGGUUGUGGUAACUAGUCUGGAUUUUUUCUUUUAAAAGAGAAAACGAUUGGUAACGAUGACAUCCGAUUCGACUUAUAUAUCUUCACGAAGUGAAGCUCGUUUAUAGUUUUACUGGUACUCUUUUAUGUUUAAGGUUCUUGCAUCUUUUAUGUGUUUCUGUGUGUCUCUUUGCCUCGUUGGAUUAUUACUGAUUCAUGCUUUUUGCUUUUUUUUGUUUGUGGAAAAAAUAAAUUAUUCAUGGUUUUAGCUUUAAUGAGCCUACGAUUUGGGCUUUGGAUUCUGAA